ACGACGAGUAGUGUAUACGUUGAGCUCACUUUGGGUAGAGUGAAGUGACAAAGAAGCAAGAGUUUGUCAGCAAGAGUUUUGUCAGACAGUUUGCGUAGUGUGACAUCGCUGCGUGUCUAGGAGUUGAACGUUUUGGAGAGUCGACACGAAGGAACAGUUUGAAUUUGAUGUCGAUUUACCAAUUAAGUUUAUCUGCAGGUGUUUGUGUAUAAUUUUCAACAGAAGUGAGGAAUCGGACACGAGGAAACGGUUUAUUAUCAUCGUAUUUAAUUGGGGCGUCAUGUUGGCGAGGCGACAGUAACUCUGGCGAGAAGUAAUUUAUUCAUCAAGACCUCUUCGUCAUUAAGUUUUCGCGAUGGAUAUGAGUGGGAAUAAAGACACGCUGCUGAACUUGACGCUGGAGACCAACCUCACUGAAGAAACCAAUGGAACGGUUAUUGAAGAAUCGAGUUUGGAGUGGGUACCCCUGGACACUUUCAUUGGCCUUAUACUGGCCUUCUCCUCCUGUUUCUUCAUUGGUAUUUCGGUGAUAUACAAAAAACUUGCUCUUCGUGACAUUGAGGUCCAGGGAGGGACUCGUGCCGUGGAUGGAGGCUAUGGAUAUUUGCGUUUGCCCAAGUGGUGGCUGGGCAUAUCCCUCAUGGCUCUGGGAGAGCUCACCAACUUUGUGGCCUAUAUAUUUGCACCAGCCAUUUUGGUUACUCCCCUUGGUGUAUUUUCUAUUGUAUGCACGGCUGCAUUAUCUCCGUAUUUUCUGAAAGAGCGUUUAGCCAUGCUAGGGAAACUUGGGUGUGUGUUGGUGCUGGUGGGAUGUGUCAUAGUCACACUGUGUGGACCUAAAGAUAGAGAAAUUGCAAGUAUGGAAGAACUUCAGUCUCAGCUUCUUCAUCCAGGAUUCUUGAUAUAUGCCAGUUUGGUGGUUGUCAUUUCUGCAGUUUUCAUGGCACUGGUUCCCCGCUACGGUCACCGAUAUGUUCUGUUAUACAUCACCAUUUGUUCUUCCUUUGGCUCGCUUUCUGUCAUGUUCUGCAAAGGUGUUGGUCUGGCAUUGAAACAGACGUUUAGUGGCAGUAAUGAAUUUACUAACUGGGCCACUUGGGUUUGUUUAUUGGCACUUGUAGCAUGUUUGCUUAUUGAGACAAUUUAUAUGCAACGUGCACUUGAUCUUUUCAACAGUUCUGUCUUUAUGUCUAUCAAUUAUGUGCUUUUUACAUCCCUUGUAAUUAUAGCUUCAUCCAUAUUGUACACAGAAUUAAGAGAAAUUGGCUGGAAAAAUAUUGUCCUAACACUUCUGGGUUUCAUUGUUAACAUAGUUGCUCUAUUUCUUCUACAUCUGGAUAAAGAAAAUGGAGCACAACAGACACCUCCUGAAACAGGAGACGCCUCAGCUGAGUCACCUCAGCCCAUCAAAGUUCCUGGAGGUGGACUAGACCAAGGUACACCGCUCUUAAGUAGAGCACCUGCUUCACCAUUAGCAGGGCUUAACCUUACACACAAUGUAUUUCCCACAAAAACUAAUUCUUGCAUGUCCUUGAUAAGUCAGAAAUCGCAGCUUCGCCAUGCUAGAGAAAAUAAUCAUCACCAUCCCCUUGACAACAUUGAAGAUGAUACUAGCCGUCAUAGCAACAGCAGCAAUAGCAGCAGAGGUGGCAGCAGUAGUGUAGAAGGAAGCACUAGCAGUGGGCCAAGCAAGCAGGAAGAUGGGUGUGAUGCCAGGAGAGGACAUUGCCGCUCAGCUUCAAGUUGCAUGUGUGAGGUGCCACUCCUUAACGAACUUCAAACAUCGACAACAAAAUUCACCUCCCAACCAUCGUCUCCUCAAAGUGAUAUUAGCAAAAAUAAUAACAAUAAUCGUAGCAGAAGCAGUAGUUGUAGCAGCAAAGUAAAUGAAGUGGCUGUAAGUUUAGAAGCAGAGCUUGAAGACCGGUAUAGUCAUAAUAAAGCUCUAGUUUGACAUAUACUUACUAAAGUCCAUAUGUAGUGCCAUAUAUGCCAAAAUAUGGAUGGCAUAAUUGUGCUGUCCUCAUGCUAGAAUGGUUAUGUAUACCUGUUAAGUUACACGAUGUUGUAAAGAUUGUAACUGUGACUAAUACAAAAAUAACAGAUAUUUACUUUGAAAACAGUGACUAAAAGCCCCUCUGAACAGCAAGAAUCAGAGCAAUUUGUGUUUAUAUCUAGUGUACAUAUAAGGUAUAAUCAGUUUACAGUUCACUCUUAUAGUCAAAAUGCCCUAAGAAAUUAUUGUAACUAGAUGCAAGGAAUAAUAAAUUAUAUUUAUAUUUUCUUUUUGCUGAUAACUUUUAUGUAUGUGUACCUACUGAGGAAUCUCAUAAUUUUGAUAACAUUAGAUUUUUUAUGUAAAAUAAAGUAGAAUGUUAGUGGAAGAGAAACUAAUAUCAUGAAUAAUGAUAUUUUACAGAAUCUGAUACUUAAACAUAUAAAUGAGUAGGAUCUGACAUGAGACCCUAAACAAUGAUUUGUGUUUAUGCUACUAAUAAAAAAAUAUAUAAUUUUAAAAUCUUAACUUUAGUUACUCUUCCCACAAAUAUCUUUAAUCAGUAAAACUGUUCAAUGAAUUUAUAUAUCAUUGUGCAUUUGUUUUACCAGUUACAGUAUUCACAUAUUCAAGCUAAUAAAAACAAAUAAAAACACUGCUGGCUGAUCUCUGAAGGUUGUUACUAGUUAUAAAAUAGAGUGACUAAAUUCUAUGGACUCAUAUUACAUAUAUGCAUAAUAUUGUGUUUGUUGUCCUUCAUUUAUUCAUUACAGGAUGCAGGAUUUCCAAAAUUCUUUCUUUCUUUUUUGAGGUAACAGUGUGACAGGAAUGGUGAUGCUAUGUGGAGUCCCAUUAAUGAUUUGCAUGUAUUUUUAUUUGUCUGUAUAUUCCGGUAGUAAUGAGAUUUAGCACUGCAAUGGGUCUUCAGUACAGAUAGCAUAAAUCUACCUUUCAUUCUACCAUUUACAGCAUUAUGACUUCUCAGUUGGAUUACAUAUAAAAUGGCCAAAGAAGUUAAUUAUUAUUAAAGUAUUGUAUUGUAUAUGCAGUAAUAUCUCUUUGUUUGCAAAGGAGCUGAUUUAUAAGAAAAUGCCUUUCUUUUCUUUUACCAUCAUCGAGCCUAAUAAAAAUUGAUGUAUCAUUUUGUAUAAAUAAAAAAAUAUACUAAAACAAUCAGGACCUAUCAUGCAGUUUAUUCAAAAUAAAUUCAUGUAUAAAUUUUAUUUUAUUUUAUUUUAUUUUUAUUUUUUUACUUUUUUUUCAGAAUAAAUGUUAAAAUGGGGACCCAUUACACUAAUCUUAAAGGAUGAUUUUUAUGACAAAUAAUGUUAUUAUUUUAUCUAUUAAUGAAACGUCACUUACACUAUCUUUGUUUACUUCAUUUUUGCACAUGAAAGUGAUAAUCAAUUGACAUUUUAAGUAAGGACUAGUAAUUAUUACUCAGUUUUGCAAAGGAUCAGCUAAGAGUCUCUAGACAUUGGAAUGAUACAUUUGAAUUUUCUCAUAAAUAAUAUUGUUUCUGAAAGGAAUAGCUUAUUUUUAUUUAUUUAUUUUAGAUUGAAAAAAAGGUGUUUAGUUCCACCAUUUUAGUUUUUCUUCUGAUUAUUAACCUGUUUAUGAGUACUUGUAUAUUGUAAUGAAGUGAAGAAUUACUUUUUUUGACCAAUGUAUAUUAUGUUUGUAUGCUUAUUACUGAAUACAUUUUGUGUAGGAAAGUGGUAAAUGCUUUAUCACCUUUACUUGGUUGUUAAUGUUUCUGUCAGUUUUAUGUCUCAUCUUGGAUAUAUAUUUUUUUAUAAAUGCUGUCACUAAAUCAUUGUGAAUAAUGUCUUUAUCACUCCUAUCUUAUUUAUUGCUGUUAACUGUAUGCAUGAUUCACAUAGUUAUGUUUUGUAUUGCAAUAAAUAUUUAUUUUUCUUAAUUUGAGAUAUCUAUUCAUAUUCUCAUGCUAAUGAUAUAGUGUGAAUGAAAUGAAUCUUUUCACUUUAGCCUUUUGACAAAUAUCUAGGGUUGGCUUAUAUAAAUCUUUUGAUCCACCUGCUUAUAAAUUAUUGAGUUUGAAAUUUGUGAUAUUUCUUCUCAAUAAUCACCCAGUAAGUAAAUGUCCACCCUGAAAGGAAAAAAAAAAUCUAUCACACUUUUUGCAGGGAAUAAGUAUUCUUUUCUCUCUUUCCAUUAAUAACAUGUACCAGCAACUUAUAAGAUAUUUACCAUAAAAUAUAUCUUGAGAGUAAUGAAAUUUAUAGAAGUAAUAAAUAGGUAUUAGUUAGCUGCAAGUUAGCAGUAAGUUGUACGCAUUAUAUAAGUCUGAGAGUCUUCUCUGUGGGCCAGCAGUCCAAAGAUCAUACGUAGUCAUAAAGCUUUCUGUCAUCCAGAUCUUUGAUUGGGUAGUCUGCCAAAGCUCUGUUGUAACAAUACUUAGUCGGGGGAAAAUGUAGAUGACCCUUUCUAAUGAAUGUUUUCUUCAUUAUUCCUCAUAAUUUCUUGACAGUGAUGAUAUGGAUAAUAUAGCAAUAAAAUACUUAGCUUCCAUAAUCUACUGUAGCUGAAGUGAAGACAUUAUUCUCCUAAUUACUCGGUGUGCCAAAGCAUUCAUAAUACCUAAUCUUAUACAUUACUUUUGCACAUUUGCACAAACUUGAGAGCAUGAAGUGUCCGAGCAAUUGUAAUGCAAGGUCAUUUUUCAACUAUAAUCUGUUUUGUGGACUCUGAUGCAGACAAAGAGAAAAAAAUGGUUUUAGGAUGACAAACCUUGAACAAAAUGUUUGACUAGAUUCAUUCAUAUAAAAGUUUAGGGAUAAGAUUAAUUUUGGUUGCAGUGUACCAUUUCUUUGGAGAGUAGCAACCAUUUUCAUGAACUAGUACUGAUUAUUCACUAGACUUGAAAAUCAUUAAAAAAUGUAUGUGUCAAGUGUGUAUUCCCUCUUAAAAAACACAUGCUAUAGCAAAAAUACUUCCUGUAAAAUCUUCAUUACAUUUCUGCAAUCAUUGUUUAUUGAUUUCUGCAGUAUAUACAGUAAGGAAUACAAAAGUUUUAAAAUAUUUAGGAUUUAUUUGAAGAACAUGAUAUACUUUUAUUUAACCCAGUGUUGCCAGAGUGGCAAGAAUAUAUGCUAUGUCCACUGUGUCUUUCUGUUUAUUGAUUGUCUUUACACAUAGCUAAUUCUGCAAAUACUUAAUCACCAAAGAGUCAAUCACUAAUUGUACCUAACUCACCUGUUUACCCUUUUCCUUGAUUUUUGAUAAGACCCCUUUUUUAUUGCCAUUAGUUUUGCUAAUAACUUCAUAUUAAUCCUAAACCAAUAAGAAAAAUAACAUAAAUCGAUAUAAGAAUUUUCACUUUUCGAAAACAAGGAAGGGGGAAAUCAGACGAGGAUGCGCAGGUUUACUAAUCGGCUCCUUGGUGGCUGAGCACACGUGGAGACCCCUAUGUGCAAACAAAAUCCACAAAAAGCGACAGUAGACAGUAUAAUUACCUGACACCAUCCGACGUAUUGUUGUCUAGUCUUUGAUCUUUGAUGUAAAUGAUAAAUUUAGUUUCUUAGUUUAAUAGGUCUGUUUAUUUUCCAAAGAGAAAGGAUCUUCCCUCUUUCAAAUAAUUUCUGUUUCUGCACAUAAUAAAUGUAAUGCCAUGUGACUUACUUUAUUAGACAUCAUAUACUUACAAAAUAAGCUAUCACUGUGAUGUAAAUCAGUUUCAUUGUCUUCAUGUGUAGAAAGUGUAAACAGUGGGUUAAUGUGUUAUUUGUGCAUUGUAAAUAGAAUGCAAACUGAAGAAAUAUAUAUUGUAUACA